AUGUACACAUUACUGCGGGGUUUGUGGCAAUAUAUAUCACAAAGGGAUGAGUUUUCUGUCCUCAUACUAGGUUUGGAUGGCGCUGGAAAAACAACCUAUUUAGAACAAGCUAAAAUAAAUUUUGUUCCGAAUUAUAAAUCUAUCCCAAUUCAGAAAAUCACUACUACCGUUGGUCUAAAUAUCGGGUACAUUGAGGUUGACGGGGUCCGGCUUAAAUUUUGGGAUCUUGGAGGUCAAGAAGAGCUUCAGUCCUUGUGGGAUAAGUACUACGCUGAAUCAAACGGUGUUAUUUAUGUCGUUGAUUCUGCAGAUAGUGAUCGUUUUGAUGAAUCAAAAGAUGCAUUUGAUAAGAUGGUAAGAAACCCUGUACUGGAAGGUGUACCGUUACUGGUUCUAGCUAACAAGCAAGAUAUGCAGAGUGCAUUCCAUUUGUCUGAAAUCAACAAAGUCUUCUACGAUAGUCUGCGUCUUGUUGGGCAACGUCAAUGCACAUUUCAUGGUGUCAGCGCACUUAACGGGGAUGGAAUAAACAGCAGUAUCAAGUGGAUUGCAGAUAAGGUUAAAGGCAACGCUAAACAAAGGCCACCAAAACAACUUGAAAUCCCAUAA